AUGGAGGACACCACUGCUUUACUGGAAGAUUCUGGUGAACAGACAACAGAGCGGGCCAUGGCCAAAGCCAAAGCCAAAAAAACUGUAGAUAAAGUAGUGCUGAAUAUUGCUGUUACCGGGGAGACUGGUGUGGGAAAGUCCUCCUUUUUGAAUGCCAUCAGAGGUGUUGAAAGAGGGGAUGAAGGCUGGGCCCCCACUGGAGUAAUAGAGACGACAAUGGAGCCUAAGGAGUAUGCCCACCCAACAAUGCCCAAUGUCAAGAUCUGGGAUUUGCCAGGAAUAGGGAGCCCAUCAUUCGAAGCCAAGGCCUACUUAAAGAAAAUACACUUUGAAAAACAUGAUUUCUUUAUCAUAGUGAGUGCUGAAAGAUUCAAGGAGAAUGACCUCAAACUUGCAAAUGAAAUCAAGAAAAAGAAAAAGAACUUUUACUUUGUACGUUCUAAGAUUGAUGAUGAUGUGAGAAAUGAGAGUGAGGAUGGAGGGGGUACAGAGGAAGAGAUACUACUCAAAAUACGGAAAGACUGUGAGGACAAUCUCAGAGAUCUGGGAGGGGCACCUGUCUUUCUCAUCACAUCCAAUGACCUGAGCAAGUUUGAUUUUCAGAAUCUGGUAGACACUCUGAAAAGAGAACUUCCAGGGGAAAAGAUGGAUGCACUCAUACAGGGUCUUCCUGUUUUUUCAAAGCAGUCUCUUGACUGGAAAUACCAAGCAUUCAAUAAAACCAUCCGGCAUGUGUCUGCUAUGUCCGGGAUCGUAGGUGCGGCCCCCGUGCCAGGCCUCUCAUUUGCACUUGACACUGUCAUGGUGCUAUCCUUUCUCACCGGGGUUUACCGCUCAUUCGGCCUGCAUGACAAAGCCCUGGAAAGGCUGUCGGAGAAAGUGGGAAAGCCCAUACUGGAAGAGGUGAAAAAGUCAGAACUGAUCCAGGGAAUUGGCAAGUCCAUGCUGACAUCCAGCAUGCAGCCAAAACUAUUGGCUUCAGCUGCAGCCAAUGUUUUGAGUCUUAUACCGGUAGUGGGCAACAUUGCAGCUGCAACCCUGUCCUAUAAAACCACAAGGGCUGUACUGCAAGAGGGUCUGGAUGAACUGUAUGGUGUUGCCAAAAAGGUGCAGGGAAUGGCAGAACUGCAGUAG